AUGUCGGAAGUUCAGAAGCCUGUUGAGGAGACCCCCGUGGCCGUCCCUGCCGCCGAGCCUGUCGCCGAAGCUCCUGCUGCCGUUGAGGCCGCUGCCACUGAGGCUCCCGCUGCUGAGGCUCCCAAGGAGACCCCCGUUGAGAACGCCGAGGCCACUCCCGCUGCGGCUGAGACCACCGAAGCGCCUGCCGAGCAGCCCAAGGAAGAGGCCAAGGAGGAAAUCACUCCUGCGACUGAAGGUGUGCUUGGACACAAGGGACCUGGUCUGGUGAAGGGUCUGCGUUUCUCCAAGCGAUUCUUCUACUUCAGCAACGAGCCCGUCGAGGCCAAGCACCUGUCCGUCUUCCGGCAGAACGAGAAGCCUGCUGUCGCCAAGCCCAUCGUCGCUUGGGCUACCCAGACCGGCAAGGGUCUCCUGUUCCUGACCAAGCGCGCUGAGGACAAGGCCCCCCCCGCUGGUAUCUUCAACUUGGCCGAGAUCUCCGACCUUGCCAAGGAGGGCACCAACGAAUUCCUCUUCAAGGUUAACGGCCAGAAGCACACUUUCCAGGCUGCUAACGCUGCUGAACGUGACAGCUGGUUUGUUGCUCUCGAAGCCAAGGCAGCUGAGGCCAAGGCUGAAAAGGAGACCAUCGUUGCCAGCGAGGGCUACAAGGCUGAGCUGGAGAAGCUGACCAAGCCUGUUGUUGCUGAGCCCGCCAAGAAGCCCGUUGAGCCUAAGGAGGAGGCGAAGAAGGAAGAGGCUGCUCCUGUUGAGGAGACUAAGGAUACCAAGGAGACCAGCGACGCCAAGGACAAGGCCAAGAGCCGCUCUCAGUCUCGCAAGAGGGCCAGCAUCUUCGGCUCCUUCCUCGGCAAGAAGGAGGAGACUGAGGAGAAGAAGGAAGAGAAGACCGAGGACGCCAAGCCCGCCGAAGCCGCCGCUGAGCCUGUCGCCGAGGCCUCUGCUGCUGAGGCUCCUGAGGCUCCCGUUGCUGCUGCUCCUGCCGAAGAGAAGAAGGAGGAGACCGAGGCAAAGAAGGAGGAGAAGAAGGCCGAGAGCCCUGCUCCCAAGUCCAAGCGUACCUCUCUGUUCGGUAACUUCUUCCAGAAGGUUACCAGCCCUUCCCACGAGAAGUCCGAGAAGGAGGCUGCCGCUCCUGCUGAGCCCUCCGCUGUCUCCAGCACUGCUCCCCAGCUGGAGAAUCCCGUCGAGGAGGCUGCUGUGAAGCCCAUCGAGCCAGAGACCGUGACCUCUGCCGCCGCUGCCACUGCAACCGAGUCUCCCAAGGAGACUGCCGCCGCUCAGUCUCCCACUGCCGAGACUCCUGCCGGUAAGGACAAGCGUCGCACCUCUUUCUUCGGUAACUUUGGCAAGAAGAAGGGCGACUCUGACAACGAGGGCACCGACGGCGAGUCCAAGGCCAAGGGCAACAAGCUCGGUGGUCUUUUCCGCAAGCCCAGCAAGGCCGUGAAGCUCGACAACAAGGAAGCCACUGCGACCAAGGAGGCUGAGGACAAGGCCGAGCCCGCCGCUCAGGAGGCUUCCGCUGAGGCGGCUCCCGCCGAAGAAGCUAGCAAGCCCACUGAGGCCCCCGCCGCCGAGGAGGCCAAGCCUGCGACCGUCGCUGCUACCUCGACUCCCGUCCAGGCUGCAGCAUGA